AUGACGGCCACUAGAAUUAAGUCUAUUGCUGAAAGAUUUGGUGUUGAUCCAGAUACUUGCCUUGAAAACAUCACUUAUGCAAGAGCCUUAAACAGCGAACACCAAUGUGAACUUCUUGAAGAGCUUGGAACUGAAUUAGCAACCGGUGAUUAUAAAUUAUUGGUUAUUGAUUCAAUUAUGGCAAAUUUUAGGGUUGAUGUGAGUUUUGAAACACAAUUGCUUGAACUUUCGUUCCUUAAAGGACGUGGUGAUGAAAGAGUUGCAAAAUUACUUGAUUCUCCUGAUAUGCCUGAAAAAGAGUGUGUUUAUAUCAUCAAUGAAGGUGGUAUCACAGAUUCAGAAGCUUGA